ACGAACCACGUGGUGAAAAUUUCAAAAAUUAAUUUAAUAUAAAACUCAAAGUAACUCCAAUAGCAACCUGCAAUCAUCAUCCCGGUGUCAACAUGGAUAUCGAGCAGCUCUUGCUCAGCUUCAUGCUUCUAAUCACUGAUUUCCAUCGAAUUUCCUGUCUCUUUGUUACUGACAUCAAUGUGCCGGAAAUUGUUGAUUUUCGCGAUAAUGUCACGUUAUCCUGCAGUUAUGAUAUGAGUGGACAUACGUUGAAUUCCGUAAAAUGGUAUAAGGAUAAAAUGGAAUUUUUCAGAUACUCACCGAUGAUGCAUCCGGUGUACAUGAAAUUUCCCGUUGUCGGCAUACAAGUGCAAGAUGGAAAAUAUUUCUGCAACGAAUCGACGUGUCGCGUAGAUUUGAGCUUAAUCGGCGCCAAAUCCACCGGAACGUAUAAAUGUGAGGUAUCUGGCGAUGCGCCACAUUUCAAAUUGGCGGCAAAGGCGGAUAAUAUGACUGUAGCAGCGCUGCCUCAGAGUGACCCGCUGAUCGAAAGUUUCAAUUCAAUGUAUCGCAUGGAGGAGCUGCUCAGCGCCACUUGUAGCUCAGACUACUCCAGUUUGCCGACACGACUGACAUGGUACAUCAAUGGUGAACAGGCUUCACUCGGUGAACUGCAGCCCAGCAUUGACACCAGCAUUCCGGCGCACGAUUAUAUUUUACGGCGGCAAAAGCUUCAGGUACGCUUCUAUUUGAGCGGACCACGCUUUUAUCACGCUGGCAAGAAUCUGGAGUUGAAAUGUGUGGCGGAAAUUGAAAAUUUCCCGGAACUGAAGCGUGAAACCUCACUGAAUGCAGCAAUCACACAUUAUGACAAUUUGAACAAUCAGAUGCUGAUACACGCGGGUAGCGGCGUGAGCGGUGCAGCGAAUGUAACACCCCAUCACAACACACUACAAAUUAUUUCCAUAUUAUUCGCGAUAUGUUUCCUGGUCAACAGCGCAUUGUUUUCCUUAUGAUCUGCUUGCAAUAGCGUAAACAUAAACAACCAACAAAAACAACUGGGCAUCUACCAGAGACAGCAAAUGGAAUUGGCCGCACCAAAAACAACAGCAACUGUGAGAGUGUGUCAAAUAAGUCAAGCUUUGAAGACAGUCACCAUAACUGCGUCUACUAUAUCACAUUAGUUAGUUAGAUUUAACCAAUUAUGAUGUAAAUAAAAAGUAUUAAAAGUAAAAUUAUAAACUCAUAACAGAAGUAAAAGUGGAAUGAAAAUCACCAACAAAAGAGCUUUGCUCGCAAAAAGUUAUAUUAUAAAGUUAGAAUAAAAUGUAAAAUAAUU